UAACGUUAAUCACAAAAUGCUUCUCUAACAAACGUUAAUUGACUGCAUCUCAAGAUUCUGAUAUGUUGGACUAUGUUUUGCUGACCACAGAACUUUUCUUGAGAAGGAAUUUCAUUUUACCAUGAGUGGAGCUAUUCAGGUCUUCAUAUCCUGUCUCGUGGCUUUCAUGCUCUGCCAGGCAAAACCCUUCAAACAGUCCAGUUUCUUUGACUUCGUUGGAGAGGAACAAGGAUCUGCAGUUGGACCAACUCCUGAGAUCCCUGUCAUCUAUCAAUACAAAUGUCCGCCCAGGUGUCGCUGUCACAUGAGCGUGGUGCAGUGUUCUAAUUUAGGUCUUGCCAAAGUACCUGCAUAUAUCCUACCUGAGACUACUGUGCUGGAUCUUCAGAAUAACAAGAUCAGGGAGCUAAAGGAAAAUGACUUCAAAUAUCUGAAGAACCUUCAGAUUUUAAUUCUUGUGAACAACAGGCUGCAGAGGAUCCAUCCCAAGGCCUUUUCCUCACUUCACAGUCUUAGAAGGCUAUAUCUUUCCAAGAAUCUAAUCAGUAGCGUUCCAGAGAACAUGCCAAAGAGCCUCCUUGAACUCCACAUAUGUGACAACAAAAUAAACUUUGUGAAAAAGAAACCUUUUGAUGGAAUGUCCAACAUGUUCGCCCUCGAAUUGAGUAGAAAUCCACUCAUGCCAAAAGGAAUUGCGAAAGGAGCCUUUCAAGGGUUGAAAACUUUGUCAUAUCUCCGGAUUACUGAGACAGGGCUUUCUGAAAUUCCAAAAGACCUGCCAAGUUCAAUAUCUGAGAUGCAUCUUGACCGCAAUAGAAUUCUCAAAGUGGAAGUGGAUGAUUUCACAAACCUCAGCACUUUGGUCAGGUUGAGGCUGAGUUCCAACAAAAUCAGAUAUUUUGCAAAUACAACUCUCAGCCACAUGCCGAAUCUCCAGGAUCUCCACUUGGACAACAAUAGAUUGUUUGCCAUUCCUCCGGGCCUGUCAGAACACAAGAACAUCAUGGCUUUGUAUCUCAAUGACAACCAGAUAGCUCAUAUAAGAGGUGGUGACUUUUGUCCCAAGGUGGAUGAUCCAUUGAAAAGCCCAUACAGUCGGAUCAGCCUAUAUGGAAACCCUAUUCCAUACUGGGAAAUUGAGCCUGGAGUCUUCCGCUGUGCUUUGGACUGGAUGUUCAUCCAACUGGAGCGACCCAACUAAGUGCUCCAUUCUGAAUAUAAUGAGAUUGACUGAAACAUGUGCCAGAAACUAAACUCAAGGCAUCUUACUACCAUUUGUACAGUUGACUUCCUUAAACAAACUGCUGAUUAGUGAAUAGGAAAAUUUUAAAAAAGCAGCAUUUCUUUUUACACUCAUUACAUUCAACUUGCGACUAGGUUAAGUGGUUAUUUUUUGACUUUUUUUAUACGUUUGCCAUUUCAAGAGUCAAUGUUAUACACAAACGUUCUGCAUCAUGUACUGCGAUAUGCACGAUUAACAUGCAUUCAUAAAAAAGAACAGCUUUCAAGCAAGCUUUCCAUUGCAGUUUGCAUAAUAAAAAUGUGACAGAAUUUUCAGAUUGAUAUAAUGGUAUUAUUUGAUGAUAAACAGUCCAUUUACUGUAUCGGAAACCAUGCAUUUACUUCAGUUAGCUCCAUAAUUUUUUCAGCCAUCAACAACACACCAGAAUUUCUCAGGGGGUAGGGUCUGCAUGAAGAUGAAUGUAUGUCACAGCAUUGCGACAAUGUAAUUCUAGGCCAAUGAUAAUAUAUAUGGUAAUGCAUGCUCCAAAAUAAAAGAAAACUGUA